AUGGCCAAUCUGCCCAAUCUACGCCGGCUGUUCGUCGAGGCCCGCUCCGAGGCCGAGGAGAACGAGUACUCACGGACCGCUUUCUAUAAUCUGGUCCUCUUCAUCUCUUCCGUUGCCGUCUUCAGUCUGACGGCACAACGAAUGAGCGGAGCCAAAUCGGGCAAAUAA